GUGACCCAAGGAGGUUAUUCUAAGCUUCUUGAUGUGACCAUAUACGGCAUAACAUUAAUCACUUUUCACGGCUGCUGAAUUUUAUAAAGAAAAAGAAUAAUCAUGGUGAUAGCAAUUCGUGAAGAUUCUUUUGGCCACAUAAAUAAUACCGAUGGUGAUGUAAGAGAUGUUCGGCGAUUUACUUUGACAAACAAUAAAAUUGAAUUCCAAGUAAUAAGUUACGGAGCGACUAUCACAUCUCUUAAAGUUCCUGAUAAAGAUGGAAAUCUAGAAGAUAUUGUACUAGGAUUUGACGAUAUUUCAUCUUACGUUAAUCAUCCACAUUAUUUUGGUUGCACUGUAGGACGUUUUGCCAACAGAAUUGCUAAAGGCAAAUUUGUGUUGCAAAAUAAAGAAUAUAAUCUUACAAUCAAUAAUGCCCCUAAUCAUCUGCAUGGUGGAAUUAAAGGUUUCGAUAAGGUUAUUUGGGAUAGCAUAGUAAAAGAUAAUUUAGUGCAGUUCUCAUAUACAAGCCCAUCAAUGGAAGAAAAUUAUCCUGGUGAACUUAAGUGCACUGUCUCUUUUGAACUUACUGAUGCAAAUGAAAUUCUAAUAAAUUAUGAAGCUGUCACUACACAUAUUACUCCAAUUAACCUCACAAAUCAUUCUUACUUCAAUUUGGGUGGUCAUGGAAGUGGAACAAUCCAUGAUCAUGUGAUUGAAGUUAAUGCAGACUACUAUACUCCAGUGGAUGAGACAUCAAUUCCAACAGGUGAUAUUGUUUCUGUGGCUUCAACAGCUUUUGAUCUAAGAAAACCAAGGAGAAUUGGUUCAAUUCUAAAUUUAUUAGAAAAUGGUUUAGAUCAUAACUUUUGCAUUAAUGGAAAUGUAAACAGUAUGAGAAAAGUUGCAAGUAUUUCUCAUGUUACAAGUGGGCGUUUAAUGGAAGUUUUUAGUACCCAGCCUGGUGUUCAAAUUUAUACAGCUAAUUAUUUGCCUGAAGAUGCUUCAUUAAUUGGUAAACAUAAAAAGUGUUACAAGAAACAUGGAGCAGUAUGCCUUGAAACACAGAAUUUUCCUGAUGCCAUAAAUCAUGUAAACUUCCCCAAAGCAAUUCUAGAUGUUGGAGAAGUCUACAAACAUGUAACUAAAUUUGUCUUUACAUUAUGUUAAGAAUUUAUGAGUGCCAAAUGUUUUGUAUGUUAUAAGUAAAUCCAGUCUGUCAACAAAUAAUAGCAAAUAAUUUAAAAUCUUAAAAAUUUUUAUUCACUGCUUUCAAACAGUGGAAGACACUUGUAUUAUGUAUACAUCAGUUUUUUUCACAAAUAUUUACAUGAAUUACACAUGGUGCACUCACACAAAAUAAUACUUCAGAAGCAAUAUAAUCUUACAACUUGCCUAUUUUGGUAACAAAAUACUGAAAUAAAAGAUCUAAUAAUUAUACAUUAUUUUCAUUUUCAUUUUGAUAUGCAAUAUGUUAAAAAAAUACUGGAGUAAUAUUUGCAAAAAUAAACUAUACUUGAUAGAAAUUUCAGUUAGAAAUAAUUUGCUUGCUGCGUACAAUAGCAUUACUACAUUAAUUUAAAAAAAUGCAAACGUUCAUUAUAAUUUUCUCAUGAUCAUAAACAGCAAAUAAAAGAGAGGGACUAAAAUCUUAUUAGUCAUUUAAUGAAAUCUUCAUGUUACAAUUCAUAUGUUUAGCCAAGCAAAACUGAUAUGUGGUCAAUAGCUUUUGAUGUAAUUAUAUCAGGUAUAAUAAAUUACUGUAAAGGAAAGUAAUGGUCCCUUGAUUAAUUACACUAAAUGGUUUUAGGGGAGGGAGACUUUAAACAGAAUCACAUUACGCAUAUAUUUUGAAAUACACUAAAAGCUAUUUAACAUAUUCAUAACAUACAAUAUAAGGAACAUAAAAAUCAUAAGAAAGAAUAAAAAAAAUAUAUUAAUGAGGCAUAAAGAUGAUUAAUGAAUAAUGCCAUUUGCGAAAAUUUUCAAAGAGUAGAUGAUGGUUAAAAUUAAUUUUCACUAAUGCAUGCUAUUAAAGCUUAAUACUGGAUUUCAAUAAAUUGUAUUGACAGUAUGUAUCUUUAUUAUGAAAUAAAAUAUAACUGUACUACUAA